AUUAACUCAUUUGCGCCGCCGACCGGAGACAUGUUCGCGGCGGAGACGACAGUGUCGGAAACACAAACGGGUCGAGUAAAAUGGCGGCGAACAGACGGCGAUUGCAGGAGCUUGUGCUCUGUCUCGACUCCGGCGAGCCGGGUCGAGCAUUUUGAGGAUCUGAUAGCGGCCGGUGAUUGGCCGGAGCUGCGAAGCAAUCGGAGUGGAUCGAGAAAUCAGAAGAGGAAAACAGAGACAUCGAAACAGAGCUCAAAAGAUUGUAAAGAAGUUCAAAAAUUGGAUUAUGUUCAUGUCAGAGCACGUCGAGGCCAAGCCACCGACAGCCAUAGUCUUGCCGAAAGAGUGAGGAGAGAGAAGAUAAGUAAGAGAAUGAAGUAUUUGCAGAAUUUGGUCCCUGGGUGCAACAAAAUCACUGGAAAAGUUGGAAUGCUUGAUGAAAUUAUAAACUAUGUUCAAUCUCUACAGCAACAAGUCGAGUUCUUAUCCAUGAACUUGGCCGCUUUGAAUCACGAAUUCGAUCUCGUCAAUGGCCAUGACCUCUUCGUCGAGCAGGUGUUUCCGACGAUAGAAAUCUCACCCGAAACGGCUAAUUACUCGUCCAACUUUAAUGAACUCGAAAUCGGCUCGAGCUCAAGCUCUUUAACAGUCCCAGAAACUUCAUUUUUCAACUCAUCUUCUAUUACUCAUUUUGAACACUCUUCAACUUGGGGAGGUGAUUUACAGAGUCUUCAUGGUAUGAGCUUUGAAGAAGAAGGACCGCCAUUGUUGUCGCCAUCGAGCUUUUUAACGCAGCAAUGUUCAUACAUUGAAGAUGAAAAUGAAACAUUUCUAGACCAAAAACAUGUUUCAUUUUAACGUUAAAUUAGUAUUUCAGUGUCGAGUUAUGGUAGAAAUAUUGUUUAAAUGCUAAUUUAGUGUCAUAUGUUUUAUUUAUAUUAAUAAAAAUU